AUGGGCACCAAACGACGCCGUAACGGCGAGGACGUGAGCCUGGCAGACACGUCGUUUGCCGAGACCACGAAAGAGCCCCCAUCUCCCACACCCGUGCCGCGCCCGCAAACGCCACCUCCUCGCACGGCGCACGAAGACGACUCCACUGACGAUGUCCAUCCUCAGGCUAACUCCACCAAGACCGAGCCCGUCGACGAAGAUAUCCUCUUUUCCGACGACAAUGGGGCAGUGCUGAACUCAACCACCAAGAUCGAGCCUGACGUCGACGCGGUGCUGAAUUCCACCACCAAGAUCGAGGACGAUGAACAAGACGUGUUGCCACCGCUCCUGGCGCCGCCUUCGCUUCGACCUGAUUCCCGGCUUUCAAUCGGGGAGGACCUGCCCCUGAAGAUGCUCUCCUAUUCCGAGCAACAAAAGGAUUUACUUAUGUCUUCACCUACCAAGCGGCAGACGGUGAUAAAGCCAGUGGUGCGUAUUAACGAACCGCGACUUGUCAUCAGCAAAUUGGUCCUCACUAAUUUCAAACUGUAUGCCGGUGUACAAGAAAUCGGUCCAUUCCACCCAAGCUUCAGUGCCGUGGUCGGCCCCAAUGGUAGUGGUAAGUCCAAUGUCAUUGAUUCCCUUUUGUUUGUGUUUGGUUUCCGAGCCACAAAAAUGCGUCAACUGAAGCUCAGUGAAUUGAUUCACAACCUGGCUGUCGACGCUAACCUACGACCAGAAUACUGUCAGGUUGAUAUUCAUUUCCACAGUGUAUUGGACGAUCCCGAAGAUGAAUCCCAUAGUGAGGUGGUCCCCGAUCUGGAGAUUAUCAUCCUGCGACGAGCAACCCAACAGAACCAAUCGACCUACUACAUUGAUAAGCGCACGCUGAACUAUACAGAGGUCACCAACUACCUCAAGGACAGAGGGGUCGAUUUGGACCACAAGCGGUUUCUCAUCCUUCAAGGAGAAGUCGAACUUAUCGCGCAAAUGAAGGCAAAAGCUGAACGUGACAACGAAGAUGGCUUGCUUGAAUAUCUCGAAGAUAUCAUUGGCACUGCUCGAUAUAAACUGUUGAUUGAAGAGCUGCUACAACGUGUGGAUGUGCUUAAUGAAACUUGCCGCGAAAAGGAGCUGCGUGUCGAAUUGGUUGAGAAAGAUAAAACCAACAUGGAGCCUCUUAAGGAAGAAGCGCUUCGAUUUUUGGAAAAAGAAAAGCAAUUGGUCCACAAACGACUGCUACGGUAUCAAGUGCUGAUUUUUGAGCAGACAGAUAAAGCUGAAGCAGCUGAGGCUAAGGCUCAAGAACUACAAGCUAAACUUGACCAGGAACGUGCAGACAAUCAAGAAUUAAUUGAUCUGGUGGCGGAUAUUGUCAAGGAGAUUGAGCGUCUUAAGGGCCAAUGCGCCGACAUUGAUCCCCAGCUUUCUAAGGCUAUCAAACAGCAAAAAGAUCUCAACCGUCAGAAAGUUGCAGCUGAGGAAAGGUAUAAGAAUUCUCAAUCUAAGUUGAAGAAGUUUGAGAAGCAGAAGGAGUCGCUGGAACAUCAGCUUAAUACUAAUCGUACUAAACUCAAGCAAUUGGAAGCUGAUGGUGCCAAGGAACGCGCCGAGCUCGAGCAACUUAACCAAAAUCUCGUAACCGAGAAACAAAAGCUUGAUGCUAUCAAAAGCAAGUUGCAUGAAAAUACGAAACAUUUGCGAGUGCAGAUUGAGGACUUGCAACGCCAAUUGUCUCCGUGGAACGAGAAGUUAUCUGCAAAGGAUAACCAAAUUCUGAUUGUCAAACUGGAAGGUGAGGCGCUCGAGAGAGAGAAAAAUGAGAUGAUCAAUACUAUCAAGGAGGGUCAAAACCGUAUGAAGGAGAUCAAAACGGAAGGUCAAACUAAAGAAGCAGACUUGGCUGAGCUGGAGCACAAAAUCGAAAAAUGUCGCGAGCAAAUGGGUCUUGGGAAGGACCAAGUUGCCGCAGCCGAAGAACAGCUCAAGGCAGUGGGUGAAGAAUUAUCAAUCUUACAAUCGAAGCACCAUGAAUUGCGCGAUCGUGUGUCACAAAGUCAAAACCGGAAUAAAGUGUUAGACCUGUUGAUGCGUCUUCAACGACUGGGACGUAUUACUGGGUUUCACGGUCGUCUUGGCGAUUUAGGGCGAAUUGAUCCUCAAUAUGAUGUGGCCAUAUCUACUGCUAGUGGUGCAGGGCUUGACUCUUUGGUUGUUGAUAAAGUUGAAACUGCCCAGCAAUGUAUUGAAUAUUUGCGUAAAAACAAAUUGGGGUACGCCAAUUUUGUAUGUUUGGACAAAUUGCGCAAAUUCAAUUUGGGACUGAUGCAAUUACCUAGCAACGAUGUGCAAAGAUUGUUUGACUUGAUCACACCAAAUGAUCCGAAGUUUGCCCCCGCAUUCUACUCCAAGAUGUAUGACACCCUCGUCGCGCCACUGUUAGAUAUUGCGAAACACGUUGGGUACGGAGGUGGCCGUGGGGGUAAGCGCUACAAGGUUGUUACUGAGGAUGGUAAGGUUGUUGAUACCCUGGGUGCGAUGCUGGGUGGUGGUACACAUGUGGCACGCGGUGCCAUGAAAUUGACGACUGAAGCUGUUCAAAUUGAAGUGGACCCUGCUGAGGUUGAGGCUCUCGAACAAAGUAUCCGAGUCAAACAGCAAGAGUACAAUGAAUCCAAACGUGAUUUCGAACAGAAAAAGGAUGUCAUGGUGAAAUUGCAAAACUUAUACGACGACACGGAGGUGUUGAUUCAAAGAUUGAAGCUCGACAUCGACCAUUUGGUCCUGGAAAAAAGUGAAUUGAAGACGCGCUUGAAAGCGAUGGUCGCUGACGAACACAAAUUUAAGGAUCUCGAUGAAAAACUCGACGCCAAAGAAGCUGAACUUAAAAAGCUCAACGCUGAGCGCAAGGAAUUAAAAGCGCAAAUGAAAGAUCUUGAGACGAAGAUUGAAGAUUUGAAUCAACAAGUUUUGAAUGCCGGAGGGGUGAAUCUCAAAGUGCAAAUUUCGAAGGUCGACUCAAUUCAGCAAACAAUUGAACUUAUUACGUUGAAGACCAGUGACGCUCGCAAAACCCACCUUAAGUUGACUCUGGAAGUCGCUCAUGGAGAGAAGAUUUUGGCCGAGGCUGAGCUGCAAAUCGCAAAGUUGACGGAAGAAAUUGAAGGUUUCGUCGCUGGCCAAGAACUGCUCACGGCUGAGUUGAAGCAGGUCACAGAGCUAAUCUCAAAACUUGAAGCUGAACGUCUCAAAUGGGAACUGGAACUUGAAAAAAUCGAGCAGGAUCUCGAAGAACAGAAUGAGCGCAUCAAUAAGUUCAGACUGAUGGAGAUUGAAAUGACUAACGAAAUUGAAACUGUGACAGCUAAAGCCGCUAAAGCCAGGCGCCACAUCGAGCAUGACCAACAUCAACUUAAUGAGCUUACAGUAAGGGACACAGCUCCUUACUUAGAAUGGAUGAAGGAUGAAGCCGAAAGAGCACGUUAUGAGCUGGGUGCGAUCAACAUGAUGCUGCGUGAAGAGUUAGCUGAUGUGGAUUUCGAGCAAGUUGAAGACGAGAUUAGUGAGUUGGAAGCUUAUUUCAGCGAAGUUCAGUGUGAUAUUGAAGUUCUCAUUGAAUAUGGACUCAAAAUGGCUGAUUUUGAAUCGCGAGUUGAUGAUAUGAAUAUUGCAGUGGAUGAGCGAGAUGCUGUUAGAGCUGAAUGUGAAGAGCUCAAACACAAGCGGUUACUGGAGUUUAUGGAAGGGUUCAAUACCAUUUCAAUGACGCUCAAGGAUAUGUAUCGCAUGAUUACUAUGGGGGGUAAUGCCGAACUCGAAUUGGUCGACUCUCUUGAUCCGUUUUCCGAAGGUAUCUUAUUCUCAGUGAUGCCUCCAAAGAAGCUGUGGCGAAACAUCUCUAACUUAUCCGGUGGUGAAAAAACCUUAUCGUCAUUGGCACUUGUGUUUGCCUUGCAUGCAUACAAACCGACACCGUUAUAUGUCAUGGACGAAAUUGAUGCCGCUCUCGAUUUCCGUAAUGUGUCAAUUGUGGCGAACUAUAUCAAGGAACGAACCAAGAACGCUCAGUUCGUUGUCAUUUCCCUCAGAAACAAUAUGUUUGAAUUGGCCCAGCAGUUGGUGGGAAUCUACAAGGUUGACAACAAGACCCACUCUAUCACGAUCAAAAAUAAAUAG